AUGAAGUUUGUCUUCUUGCUUUGGCUUUUUAGCCUUCUCCUGCCGGUGGUUCAAUCGGAGAACAGCAGCAGACCCCGUCAGUCCGAUGCCCAGACUAUAGCAGCCUUUGCAGAAAAAGGCUGGUGUUUUAACUAUGGUGGUUUCUGGAACUCGGAAAAUACCUUGGCCCCCUGCAGAAAGUAUUGUGAAACCCAUAAGUCGGGCACGCUAAACGAUAUCUCGUGUCUUUCCUUUGGUGUUUCUUUCCGAGAACUAAAGGAACAAGGCUUUUCUUAUAUAGAUGAUAGCGGCCACGAAUUCGUGAUUGGAGAGUGUAGAUGUGAUCUCGAUGGGCUUGGAAAGGUCAUCUUGGAUACCCUUGUCACGGGCCUUUCACGCCUAGAUAAUAUCUUAUGCGGUGUCCUUGUGGAGUCAUUCGAACUCAUUCUCGACACUGGACUUGUGGCCUUGCCGAUCGGCCACAUCAAAAGGCUCGAGACCUUCAUUAGGGCUGCCAAAACUGUAGCUGAGAACGGACUGGAUGCAGGGGUAUUCUUUGGCGGCUGGGCCAACCCUAUUUGCGGCAAUGGCUGGGAUAAACCGUCAGAAGAACAUGUCUUCGCCGAAUUGGCCCAAGCAUCGGAUGAGUACGGAACCAGUUUGGGAUGCAAAAGGAUGGAAGGUUGUACCGAAUCUCAAAAUCACCGCAGGCGGGGAAUAGGUUCAUCGGUGGGUAGAGGGCUGGGUAGUCUAUUCGGUAAGGGUGGAAGGCCAGGACCGAAGCCAGGACCAGAGAAACCAGGAAAGAAUAAUAACCCGAAAAAGCCCAAUGACGAAUCCAAGUCAAAUAAUAAGCCAACGUCAAAAGGCGAAGAGGAACCAAAAUCUACUACCAAGGAGAAGCCAACAACCACAGAGGAAAAGCCAAAAUCCACAAUCACUGAUAAGCCAAAUUCAACCGCUAACGGCAAGCCAACUACAAAGACUACUGAUGCACCAACGACAACAUCCAAGUCUAAAUCCACAUCUACGACGCAUCGGCCUUCAGCAACAACCAACCACUCCAGUUCAACGUCAAAAAAGGACAGCACUACAACCCCGUCCACAUCAAAGCCAGGGCCUACUACCACGGAUCACCACGGUAUAUCUUCCACGAGAGGUUCUUCUAAACCGAGCUCUACCAAGCAUAAUAGCACCCAGGCAUCGUCAACAAAAACUCAGGAACCUUCAACUACCUCUGCCAUUUGCAAGCCAGGGAAAGGGCCCGGUGGGUGCUCGGAAUGCUCCGAUGUACAAGCAUGGGAUCCGGGCUUUGUUGAGGCAGAAAAUGGAGAGGAAGAUGAGCAUGAAGGCAUUGCACACCUUGCGAUCAGGGGACUUGGCUUCUUUGACUGGGCAUCUCCUACCUUUGAGAAGAGGGCGAGAAAAUCAUCCUCAACCGCCGUAACCCCCACUUCAACCGGUCAGCAACCCCCUCCAACUCUCACGCCUAGCGAGAAAAAUGGGAAAAAGGUCAUGUUCUGUGGGAUCACUGCCUAUACGGCAGCCUAUCCCAGGCCACUCGCGCUUAUAAAGAAUAAGAAUGUGGCGAAGGAUAUUAUCUAUGCACUAAAAACGCCGCGGGAGUGUGGAGAUUUUGACUUCAAGAGGAGAUCAAACUCGCUAUAUACGCCCGAUUACCAGCCGUUAAAAAAUGAUGCCUCCCUACGUCUUGCGACCGAACACGUGCUUGAGACCCAGCUCAUCAAGAUAUUUACCAAAAACAUAACUGGCGAAGAGGGUAUUACGUUUCCUGACCCGUAUAAGAACAAAGGGACUUCCAAGGUAAACUUUUGCACGUAUAUGGGCGCUUACUGGGACGACAAAAACAACAAUCCAAUUCCUAGUAUCGGAGGAACAUCCAAGCAGGCAACGCAAUGGAUUGCCGAUCAGUUCCCUACAACCGACAACUAUGCGGAUGAAUUCUUUUUACUUCCUAGCGUUGUUAAUGGUAUUAAAGCGAGAGUCUGGUCCAACACAACGAUAUUUCUCGAUGACAUGUCCAAACUUUUGAUGGAUGAAAAUUUCCCAACAGGGUCGGUCAGCAAAUCAACUACAGUAAAAGCUAUUGUCAAGUUCAAGGAUCUCAUGUCCGCCUACAAAUAUAUGGCUGCAGACCCUGUCCAGGAGGUUCUGAAGAAGCAAGUAGGCCGCAUCUCGCGAAUACUCAAAAGUCUCGAUACCGCCACUGCCAGCCUGGAUUUUAUAUCUUCAAAUCAGCAGAUUAAGCGGAAGUAUGACAGCAGGAACCUCCAGAAAAAGUGGGACGAAUGGAUCAAAAAACACACCCAAGACAGUAUUGACCGGAUUGACGGCUAUUUUAAGAAGACGUACCGCGAUUUUACAGAUACUCGAUCAAACCUGGAGAAAGAUCUCAAGGCUGAAAUAAAGGCUGCAGAGGAAGAGGAAAAAAAGAACAAGGGCAAGACGCUGACAGCUAAACAAAAACUGGAAGCUAAUAACAAGAAGAAAAAACACGAGGCUCACAAAGAAAAAUACCAGACCAUGAUUAAGUACCUCAAGGAUUUGGAAAAGACAUACGAGGACAUGAAGAAGAAAACUGUGUGGAAAAAUCCUUUCUGA